AUGGUAGAAAGUUCAGCUCCUACCGUCACAAGUAAUGACAUUGCAUUUCCAAGAGGUGGAUCAUCCAGUUUAACACCUUUAGAAGUUAAGGAAAUUUCCAAUGAAGUUACCAAAGAUGUCUUAUUUGAAACUGCUAAUGCAGGAUCUAAAAGGAAAUCUUCAGGUAACCAAAAUAAUAAAAGGAAGAAAGCCAGAAGAGGAGGUAAAAAGACUGAUGCCUCUGAAGAUGCCGAAGAAGAGGAAACUAAGACCGUCAGAAUUGAAAGUUUCGGUUACAAGAAUCUUAUACCAGGAACUCAAAUUUUGGGGGAAAUCACUAAAAUUAGUAAACUCGACUUAACCAUUUCCAUUGGUGAUAAUUUAGUUGGUUAUGUGCCAAUAACAAAUAUCAGUGAAGAAAUCACCAAACAAGUAGAACAAUACGCUGCCAAUGAAGAAGAAUCAAGUGAUGAUGAAAUAGCUUAUGAUGAUGACGAAAAUAAUGAAAAAAUUACUACUGGAACAAUCAAAAACGUUGAAUUCCCUAAUCUUCAAGAAAUUUUCCAAAUUGGUCAAUGGAUAAAUGCCAAAGUUGUUGAACCAACCAAAGAAUCACAAAAGAAAAGAAUCGAAUUAUCAAUUGAACCUGAAACUUUGAAUAAAGAAUUAGAAGAUGAUGAUUUAAUCCCAGGAAAUUCAAUUCAAGCUUCUGUUAAAUCCAUCGAAGACCAUGUGGUGAUUUUGAAUAUUGGAAAAUCUAUAGAUGGUUUCAUUCUGAAGAAAGAUUUGAAGAAAUCCUCCAUAGGUAGUGAUUUAAAACCAGGUAGAGUUAUCUUAACAUCAAUUGUUUCUAAAGAUGCUAGAGCCAUAAAUUUAAAACCAAUCGAUAUUGCCAAGUCAACUACAGUUCAAACCAUUUCAUCCAUUGAUGCCAUCAGAACUGGUGUCUUAGUUAAUGCAUUAGUUUCAGAAGUUACCAAGCAUGGUAUUGUUACUAAAGUUUUUGGUCUUGUUGAUGGUACCAUAAAUUUAGCCAAUACCAACGAAUUCGAUUUCAAAACUUUACAACAUAAAUAUGGUGUUGGUAAUAACAUCAAAGCCAGAGUUGUGGGUAUUUUAUUGAAAGGUGGUACUAAGAAAUUAAUGUUAUCUGUAGCUCCUCACAUUUCCCAAUUCGGAAACCUUAAUGACUUGCAAAAAGAAGUAUUAGAAGCUUUCCCUAUUGGUUACAAAUUCGAUGAAGUUGUCAUCAAGAACAUUGAUACCAAUUACAUGUAUGUUGAAUUGGGUAACAACUUAAAAGGUCAAAUACAUCUUUCAAAAGUCGAUAGUGAUAAAACAUUUGAUGUUGAAUAUUCCAUUGGAACCAAACAUAAAGCUAGAGUUACUGGAUAUAAUGCUCUUGAUAAUUUAUUGAUCUUAUCAAUGGACCCAAAAACCAUCAAUGCAAGAUAUUUAAAUGGUGAUGAAAUUCCAUCAGGUGAAUUGUUCAAAGAUAUAGAAAUUAUCAAAGUCUUACCGGAUCAAAAAGGUAUUAACGUUAAACUAGGUGAUUUCGAAGGUUUCGUACCACCAAUGCAUAUGUCUGACGUUAAAUUAAUCUAUCCUGAAAGAAAAUUCAAAGCUGGUACCAAGGUAAGAGGAAGAGUCUUGAAAAGACAAGGUAGAAAACUUUUAGUCACUUUGAAAAAAUCUUUAGUUAACAUUGAAGAUGAAGAAGUUCUUAAUUCUUUCGAAAAAGCUACUAUAGGAUUGAAAACUCCUGCCACUGUUGAAAAAUUCGUUCACAAUGGAGCUAUUGUUUCAUUCUUCGGAAAUUUAGCUGCCUUUUUACCAAAAAACGAAAUUUCUGAAACUUUCGUUAACGAAGCUAAAGACUUCAUCAAGAUUGGCCAAUCACUUAAUGUAAGAAUCAUGUCCGUCAAUGAGAAGGAUGAAAAAUUAGUAGUUACUUUGAAACAAGCCAGUGAUUUAACCAAGAGUCAAUCAAGUUAUAAUGAAAUUGUAUCUGGUAAAUCAAUUGUUAAUGCUACUAUAGUAGAAAAAGCUAAAGAAUCCAUUGUUAUCGAACUUGAUGAAAGUAAAAUCAAAGGUGUCAUUUUCAACGGUCAUUUGUCUGAUGGUAACUUUGAGCAAAACAGAGUUAUUUAUAAGAAAUUAACCAUCGGUGAAAAACUCGAAGUGUUGGUUUUGGAAAAAGAUAUGAAGAACAAAUCCAUUAUCGGUUCAUGUAAAAAUUCUUUGAUUGAAGCUAGUAAAUCUAAUCAAUUACCAGUCAAUUUCAAAGAUAUCAAAGUUGGUGAUACUAUGAUUCAAGGUUACAUCAAAUCAGUAACUAACAUGGGAUUAUUCGUUUCAUUCGGUGGAAAAUUAACUGGUUUAGUAUUAGCCAAAUAUGCAUCUGACAAGAAAGAUAUCGAUUUAUCCAAGAAAUUCUAUAAAUAUCAAUCAAUUUCUUGUAGAGUUAUCAGGGUUGAUGAAGAAAAUAAAAGAUUUUUAUUGACUUUGAAAGAUAUCAAAAAUACUGAUGAUUUCAAUACCGAACCAGCUGUUAACCCAGUUGAUUCGAAAAUCAAAAACAUCAGUGAUUACCAACCUGGUUUAAUCACUACUGCAUUAAUCAAGUCAGUUAAAGGUACUCAAUUAAAUGUUCAAUUAGCUGAUAAUUUACAAGGAAGAAUCGAUGUCACUCAAUGUUUCAAUAACUGGGAUGAAAUCAAAGAUGUCCAUCAACCUUUAUCACAAUUCCACAAAGAUGAAAAGAUCAAUGUUAAAGUCAUUGGUUAUCACGAUCCAAGAAAUCAUAAAUUCUUACCUGUUACUCACCGUAAAUCAAACAAACAUUUAAUCUUAGAAUUAAGUAUGUUGAAAGAUGUUGUUGCAGGUAAAGCCGAAGUCUUGGAUUUCUCCAAUUUUGAAGUCGAUAACGAAUAUCCUGCAUUCAUUAACAAUAUUUCUAAAGGAUUUGUAUGGGUUUCAUUAACUCCAUCAGUUAAAGGAAGAAUCUCAUUCAUGGAAUUAAGUGAUGAUGUUGAAAUUUUCAAUGAUAUUGAUAAUAGAUUACCUAUCGGUACUGCUGUCAAAGCUGUAGUCAAAGAAAUUGACCAUGAACAUAAUGUUGUUAUCUUGAAAUCACGUAAAUCUGUCAUCAAUUCAUUUGAUGAUGUCAAAGUUGGAAACAAAUACCCUGCUAAAGUAUUGAAAGUCAAAGAUACCUACGUUUUGGUCGAAUUGGCCGAUAAAAUCGUUGCUUCUUCAUUCAUAACUGAUGCCUUAGAUGAUUAUAAUGAAAAAUUAGAUCAAGUUUUCCAACCAAAUGAUUAUACUACUGCUACCAUUUUGGCUAUUGAUAAAGAUAGUGAAAAAAUUGCUGUUUCAUUAAGAACUGAAACUGCCAAUGACAAAUUAAUCAACACCUUCGAAGACUUGAAAAGAGGUGAUGUUGUUAAAGGUUUUGUUAAGAAUGUUGCUAACAAUGGAGUUUACGUUUCUUUAGGUAGAUCUGUUCAUGCUUUAGUGAGAGUUACAGAUUUAUCUGAUUCUUACUUAAAGGAUUGGAAGAAAUACUUCAAACCUCAUCAACCAAUUGUUGGUAAAGUUUCCGCUUGUGAUGGUGAAGGUAAGAUCAAAUUAACUUUGAAAGAAUCUGAAGUUAAUGGUGAAUUGAAAACUUUCAAGAAAUUCGAUGACUUAGAAGUCGGAGAAGUUUAUGAAGGUUCAGUUAAAUCUGUCACUGAUUUCGGGGUAUUCGUCAAGUUAGAUGGAACUUUGAAUGUUAAUGGUUUAUGUCACAAAUCUGAAAUUUCUGAUAAUGCUGUAGAAGACUUAUCCAAAUUAUUUGGUGAAGGUGAUAGAGUCAAAGUUAAAAUCUUGAAGAUCGAUGAAUCCAAAAAACAAUUAUCUUUAGGAAUGAAAGCUUCAUAUUUCACUGAAGAUGUUGAUAUGGAAGAUGCUGAAGAUGUUGCUGAUGUUGAUAAUGAUGUCAAUGACUCUGACGUUGAAAUGGCCAGUGAAGAAAGCGAAGAUGAAAGUGAAGAAGACAAUGACGACGAAAUUAUUGAAGUCGAACAAGCUGAUGAAUCUUCUGACGAAGAGGAAUUAGAUGAAGUCAAAGAAUCUAAAUCAUCAGGUCUUUCAACUGGAGGUUUCGACUGGACUGCUUCUAUCUUGGAUCAAGCCGAAGAUGACUCUUCAUCUGACGAAGAAGAAGAUUUCACUCAAAAGAAAAAGAAGAAAUCUAAAGGUAAGAAAUUCACAGAAGAUAAAACAGGUGACAUCAAUACUAGAGCUCCACAAUCUACUAGUGAUUUCGAAAGAUUGAUUCUUGGUAAUCCAAACUCUUCAAUCUUAUGGAUGAACUAUAUGUCUUUCCAAUUACAAUUAAGUGAAAUCGAUAAAGCCAGAGAAAUUGGUGAAAGAGCUUUGAAAACUAUCAAAUAUAAUGAUGAACAAGAAAAAUUGAAUAUUUGGAUUGCCUUAUUGAAUUUAGAAAAUUCUUUCGGUACUGAAGAAACUUUGGACGAAACUUUCAAAAAAUCUUGUCAAUUUAUGGAUUCUUUGACCAUGCAUCAAAAAUUAGCAUCAAUUUUCAUCAUGUCUGAAAAUUAUGAAAAGGUUGAUGACCUUUAUAAGAAGAUUUUCAAAAAAUUCGGUUCUUCAAAUGUCCAAAUUUGGGUCAGCUAUGCUUCUAACUUGUUAGAUAGAAAAUUAAAUGAUGAAAGUCAUGAAAUUUUAGCUAAAGCUUUACAAUCAUUACCAAAACGUGAUCAUAUCGAAGUGGUCAAGAAAUUCGCUCAACUUGAAUAUGAAAAAGGUGAAUUGGAACAAGGUAGAUCAUUAUUCGAAGGUUUGAUUAGUGAUGCUCCUAAAAGAAUUGAUUUAUGGAAUGUUUAUAUUGAUAAAGAAAUUAAAGCUGGUGAUGACAAGGACAAAGUCGAAGAUUUAUUUGAAAGGGUGAUAACUAAGAAACUUUCAAGAAAACAAGCAAAAUUCUUCUUCAACAAGUGGGUUGAAUAUGAAGAAAGUUUGAAUGAUGAAAAGGGUGUUAAUAGGGUUAAUGCUAAGGCUCGUGAAUAUGUUGAAGCAUUAAAUGACAACUAA